UUAAAAUGGGUAUUUUUCAUAAACAAGAAAUACACGGGGGAUCCCAAAAUAUCAGCAUUAUCAGGGCCCCACGAGAAGUUCCAAGCGUAAGUACAGUAGCUACAAGCCUACAACUUGAUGUCUAAGCUACUUGUUCAUUCUGUUCUAGCUGUCUCACUUAGUUGGACAAUGAUGAUUCAAAUCUCUCUAGCUGAUACUUACUGUGCUGAUAACUCAAGAAACGAAACUAGAAGUGGUCAUAGAUUCACUGUAACAUGUGCUGGUAGUUCAGUUAGUAUGAGUCUCAUUGAAGAAAAGACUUGGAGGGAUGUUUACAUUGCAAUUGACUACUAUUGCUACCACUUAGGCAAUUUGACCGAGCCCUUCAAAAGUGUUCAAAUGGUUCGUCUACUCAAGUAUGGAUACAUCGCUAGAGAAUUGAGUUGGUACUAUGAAAAUCUUGUAUCAAUAAACUCCACUUGUGUAUUUGUUGGAUGUGUACUCUCAGUUGACUCACAGUGGUAUUACAUGAGAGGUAAUGGCAGCAACUGUACUAAUGAAGUUCAUCUUAAGUCAGCAGUAAACUCACCAUAUUUGACUAAUACCGAUGUUUAUUCUUCAACUAAAACAACAAUAAUCAUUGGAGUUUCUAUUCUGACAUCUGUAUUGCUCAUCAUUAGUUAUUUUAUCGUGGUUAUCUGCUUGAAGAGGAAACUGCUUGUAAAUAAACCCACUGAGAAAAACAGAGAUCUGAAGAUUCUCGUUCAACCCAGUAAACAACUAAAAAUCUCCCUUUCACCGUCGUACACUGUUUACCCUCCAAUGAAUUACAAGAAAAACACUACAAACUCACAGGAAACAUCUGUAGGAAGGCAUGGUACAACUACUACUAAUGACAAACUUCCCCAUAUUGAUGAGUCUAGUCAUACAUGGCCUAAUAGUAGUAGUAGGGAUAUUUUAAUUGAAUAUAGUGAAGGAAUGGAAGGGCCCUGGCCAGCAAUGUAUGACAUUGCAUCAACUGAACAUACUUCUCCUACUACAACUCGGGAUUAUAAUAAAGAUGGCACAGGUUUAUAGCAGUGACUAUGUUGUACAAGAAAGCAUGACAGUUCCUUUACAAGUUACAAUAUAAAUAGCAUAUUGAUAUUGUUCUAUAGAUAAAUCAGCUCAUAUUACAUUAAUCUCUCACAUUUUUAAUUCAAAUAUUAAAAAUGUGAGAAUAUUAUUACAAAUAUUAUUUUAGUUGUUUCUUAUAAUUUAUUAUAACAACUUGUUGUUGAAGUGGAUUUAC